AUGAGGUGGGAUGACAAAGACGAUGAGCUAAAGAACAAAGUCACAUCCACAACACUGAACGACAACAACGACAACAACAACAACAACAAGAUGUUGUUGGAGCAACAACAACAACAACAACAACAACAACAAGUCGACAAAGCCAUGAACAAUCUAUCACUUCACAAUAAUAACAACAACAUUGACAUUGAUGAUGAUGAUAGUGAUAGCAGCGACAGUGGAAGUUAUGAAGUGGGUGGUGAACAUGUUGGUGCCAACGGUAGAUCAUCGGCCAAGGUCAAACAAGGAUACAUAAACUACUGCAAGAAGAGAGAAUGCCAUUUCUUUAAGAAGGGUAGUUGUGCCAAUGGAGAUGCCUGUUUGUUUAAACAUUCUGCCAAACCUACCAAGACAGCAGCAGCAGCAGCAGCAGCAGCAGCAGCAGCAGCAGCAGCAGCAGCAGCAGCAGCAGAGGCAACACCUACAACACAUAAAACACCAACAACAACAUCAACUACAUCAGCAGCAGCAAGUGAGGCCUCAAAAGAAAUCAAAAGCAGCAGUAGUAACAUAAUCAGUCACCCAACAACUUCAACUACAACUACGACUACGUCCACCACCUCCACCGCCCCUGUUAUUCGAGGCGGUCGCAACAGUGUGUCGGACAGUGGCAGAAAAUCAAAGAAGACUCCAAAGCUUCCGAGCACCACCGUAUGUGAGUAUUGGUUGAACAACAAGUUCUGUCUGAAGGGUGACACAUGUUCAUUCCUCCACACAAUGAGUACUGGCCUUGACAAUGGUACCAACAAUAACAAUAGCAAGGUUGUUGAAGAGGAAGAUGAUAUGGCAAAGUUCUUUACAAAGGAAUGCGAGUUCUUCAAGAAGGGCAACUGCUCAAGAGGCUACAACUGCACCUUUGUUCACGCAAUCAAUGACGAUACACCAGUGUCGGUAACAGCGCCAGUCGUUGUGACCACCGUCAGUCGUGGAACUUCCAAUACACCCAAGCAACAAACUUCACCAAUCAAUCAUCCAGCACCAAUCAAUAAUCCAGCACCACUUAAUAGUCCUGCGCCACUUAAUAAUCCUGCGCCACUCAGUCCACAAUCCAACCAGCCUGCACCAUCCAAUCAACCACAGCAACAACAACAACCUACAGUAGCAUCAAAACAAACACAGAAGGAAUGCGAUUUUUGGUUAAGAGGUGACUGUUUCCAUGGCGCUGCCUGUAUAUUUAAGCACAGCGCCAGACCGAUGGAUCACACUGAUCCAAGAUUCAAUCAAUUAACCAAGGUGUGCAACUUCUGGAGGACAAACACCUGUUCACAGGGCAAGGACUGUCCCUUUAUCCAUGAGAAAGCAUCUUCGGGUCCAAAUCUAGCCCCCGCAUCUGUUCCAGCUCCUGCUCCAGUUCAAGCUCCAGCACAAGCUCCAGCACCAGCUCCAGCACCAGCUCCAGCACCAGCUCCAGCACCAGCUCCAACUCAAGCAUCAGCUCCAGCUCCAACUCAAGGCUUGGCACAUGUACCAGCUAGUACACCACAUGCACCUAAAGCAGCAGCAGAGGAAUCAGUGGCUAUCCCACCACCAACAUCAUCAACAACUCAAAGCUCAACUGCCACUACCGCACCUACAACUACAUCCACAUCCAGUACUAGUUCAACAAGCACAACAACUACCAACUCAAGUCCACCAAAGUUCUCUACCGAGAAGAAAUCAACAAAGCCAACAAAGCCAGCAAAGGAAGCUGAAGAGUCCACUAAGAAGGGAGCCAAGAAGCAAGCAAAGGAAUGCGAGUUCUACAAGAAAGGAAAGUGCGCCUAUGGUAGUAAGUGCAUCUUUGUACACACAAAUACUACUACUUCUACAACUACAACUACAGGUACAAACGCAGCUGAUGAGACGAGUGCACAACCUAUUGCAACACCAACAAGAAGGGGUAGGGCUCAAGAAUCAACAAAGACAGCUGUUUCGGCAUCAAAGACCAAGGUCAACAAGAACGCGGAUGUCGAUUCAACACCAAAAAGUAACACUGCCGCCAAGCCUCUGGUGAAUCAAGCAGUAGAGGAACCAAAUCCCACUCCUUACAAACCACCAAUGAAGGUGGAGGCAGCACCACCUGUUGCCAAGGCACCAACCCCAGCAGCAGUCCCAGCACCAGCCCCUGCUCAAGCACCAGCACCAGCAGCAGUACCAGCGCCAGCACCUGCUCAAGUACCAGCACCUGCUCAAGUACCAACGCUAGUUCAAGUACAAGCACCAGCUCGAGUACCAGCACCAGCAACUCAAGCACCAGCACCAGCUCAAUCACCAGCACCAGUUCUUGCUGCUCCAGCACAAACACACGCUCCGGCGCCAUCGCCAGCACCAGCACCAAUUCAUGCACCAGCACCUUCAACAGCCGCAUCAACACCAGCAUCAACACCUAAUCAAACACAUCCAUCACCACCACAGCUUGUACUCUCAUCGUCGACAUCGUACUUGUCCACACCUCCAUUUGAGUGGACGAUUAGAAUGGUUGCCGACUGGCUCGAAUCAAUUGACAUGCCACUAGAGGUCAGACAGGCAUUCAUGGACAAUGAGAUCAGUGGCAAGACUCUAUUCCACAUCGAUCAGGUCGACUACAAAGAUCUUCUAUUGCUAACAGUUGGCAGAAGGAAGACCUUUGAAAGUGGACGAACACAUCUAGUCAUGCUAUCACAGAUGGCCGCCUCCACCUCGUCACCAUCAUGA